AUGCCAGGAAGUCAGAGCACAGCAUCUCCCCUCAAGACGGAAGUACCACUGGGCCCUGGCGGUCCCGGAAGCCCAGCUCCUCCGAUCACUCCUGCCACGCCCGACUCAUCCACGACUAUUCCCCCCCAGAGUGUCCCAAAGCUUCCUCCAAGUCCGGCACAAGUCCAGACGGCGCCGCCCACGAGUUCCUCGACAGUCAGCCCGCCAGAACCCACUCCGCCGCCUCCGCCGCCGAAACCAGCAGCGCCGGCGCCACGACGCUUUCGACGCCUGAGAGCCCUGCUCUACCUUCUCUUGUUUGGCGGUCUGGCAUAUGGAGGAGCUGUGGUAUAUGCCCUGCGCAACGAUAACUUUCAUGACUUCUUCACCGAGUACAUUCCCUACGGAGAGGAGGCGGUCCUUUAUUUUGAGGAGCGGUCGUUCCAGAAGAGGUUCCCUCAUGCUAAGCAUAACAUCCACCGUAUCAACCGGUCAGAAAGGGAGGCAGUUGAUGGCAAGACGACAACUAUCCCCCAGAGAUCAGGACUUUCGUGGAGACCUGUAAAGGACGAACCCAAGGGCAGUGAUUUGACGCAAAAAGGCAAGCAUAACAGCGCGGUGGAUGCGAAUAAGCCUUCGACUCCAUCUCAGACUGGCCCGGUGUCUGUGACCUCAAGCGAGAAAGUAAAUGCGGUUGAGACAGCCAAAGCGACGGCCUCCGCCUCCGGCGAAAAAUCACCCGGGUCAACAGUCCCAAGCCCAGCCCCACCGAGUCCAAAAUCAGAUCCUCGGCCGCCAGCUAUCCCCCCUGUCACGCAGAUCUCACCUCUUACGGUGGGCAACGCUGACGAACCGGUCGUACAAGAGCUCGUCAAGAUUGUCAAUGACAUGAUUACCGUGGUCAACUCGGAUUCCCCUGAUGCCGCGAACAAAUACUCGGCUCCGAUGACCAAAGCCAAGGAGUCGCUUGAAGCGGUGGCUUCCAAAAUCCACGAAGUGCGUGAGGCUGAACGAAAAGCCGCCGAAGAACGAGUUGCGCAGGCCCACAAGGAAUUCGAAGAGGGUGCUCAACAACUCCUCAAGCGCAUUGAGACCGCUCAAGCGGAGGAUGAGGCCAGGUUUCGAGAGGAAUUUGAGGCCGAGCGAAGACGCAUCGCACAAUUAUACGAAGAGAGGCUCAAGCAUGAGGUGCAGCGCAGCACGGAGCUGACUGAACAACGGCUCCGAAAUGAGCUUGUCGAGCAAGCCAUCGAAAUGAAGCGUGACUUUGUUUCCCAAAUCAAGUCUCUGGUUGAGUCUGAACGAGAGGGCCGUCUAUCUAAGCUUUCAGAUCUUAGCACUAACGUUGAGGACUUGACUCAGCUCACCUCCAACUGGAACGGUGUCAUUGAUGCCAACUUGGCUACUCAGAAGUUGCAGGUCGCCGUGGACGCUGUUCGCUCUGCCCUCGCCCAGUCCGCGGCAUCCGAGGCUCGGCCCAAGGCUUUCGUGCGCGAGAUGGCCGCACUCAAGCUCGCUGCUGAGGGUGACCCAGUGGUCGAUGCGGCAAUCGCCUCAAUCAACCCUGCUGCGUAUCAGAAGGGCAUCCCCAGCCAGCCGCAACUGAUUGAUCGUUUCCGCCGUGUCGCCAAUGAAGUUCGCAAAGCAAGUUUGCUUCCCGAAGAUGCGGGUGUCGCUUCUCACGCAGCCAGCUUUGUCCUGAGCAAGGUUAUGUUCAAGAAGCAUGGGCAACCCACUGGUUCGGAUGUCGAGAGUAUCUUGACCCGCACCGAGACUUUGUUGGAGGAAGGAGAUCUCGACUCUGCGGCCAGAGAGAUGAAUUCUCUUCAGGGCUGGGCCAAGGUACUAAGCAAGGACUGGUUAGGUGAUGUUCGUAAGGUUCUUGAAGUUAAACAGGCUUUGGACGUCAUUGAGACAGAGGCUAGAUUGCAGUGUUUGCGGGUCGAGUAG